AUGGUCCCCAACAUACGCCAGGUCAUUCCGGGGGCCGCUAUCAGCAUCGUUCUCAAGGCGGAUCAGCCCACAGGUCGCGAGGUGCAAGGCAUCGUGAAAGACGUACUCACACGUGGUGACCACCACCGCGGUAUCAAGGUCCGCUUGGCGGACGGGCGCAUCGGCCGGGUGCAACGGAUGGAUUCCGGUGCUGCUGGGUCCAGGGAAGGCACGAGUGGCGCUUCGGCGCCCGGUGCCGGCGAUAGCAACCAGCCGCCGCCAGCCUUUGACGCGCUGCCUCCUCCGCGGCACUCGGGCCGGCGUCCACGGUACCGUGAUAUUCGCUCCGAUGAGCCGCUCGAGGCUCCCCAGGAGCAGAUCGACCUGGGUGCCUACAUUGUGGCGCCGAAGCGGAAGGGCAAAGGUCGCAAGUCACGGCCGCUCGACGAGGACGUGCCUGAUGAUCAGCCAAGUGCUCCCGCAACCGGGAGUGGUGGGAUUGCUGAUGUUUCGUCGGCGACUGCGACUUGUCCAGUUUGCGGUACUUUCGAGGGCGACGAAGCCGCUGUUGCACACCAUGUUGCUGAGCACUUUGAGUGA